AUGGCUAUUACUGGUCACUGCCUGUGUGGCGCUGUCACGUACUCUGUUGACAUGGAGAAGCCCCUUUUGGUGGGCUACGACCAUUGCGAUGAUUGCCAGCGCCAAAGCGGCUCAACUUAUUCUCUUGUUGCUGUCGUUCUCAAGGAGAAACUGACCCUUAACGGCCCAACCAAGAGCUUCGCAAAGGCUGGAAGCUCUGGCAAAGAUGUCCACCGUAUCUUCUGUUCCGAAUGCGGCUCUCCCAUUGCCCAUGAUCCCGAUGCUGCCCCUCCAAUCAUUGCUCUUAAGGCUGGUACUUUCGACACUGAGCUUAAGAAAAACCUGAAGCCCGACACCGAAAUCUGGACGGUUGGCAAGCUUCCUUUCUGCCAGGAGAACUUGGCUCACCCCUUCGAGCACAUGCCUGAAUAG